GCCUCGCAGCCCGGAUGGGCUUCUGCGCCCCAGCGGCGACCCGGAAGCAACUGCGUCGGCGGGCGGGAGGAUACGAGCUCUUAGGCCCGACGGCACUGCUUUGCCGAGACGAUGGCAGGGACGGCGCUCAAAAGGCUUAUGGCAGAGUACAAACAAUUAACACUGAAUCCUCCAGAAGGAAUUGUGGCAGGCCCCAUGAAUGAAGAAAACUUUUUUGAAUGGGAGGCAUUGAUCAUGGGCCCCGAAGACACUUGCUUUGAGUUUGGAGUGUUUCCUGCCAUCCUGAGUUUCCCGCUCGAUUACCCGCUGAGUCCCCCAAAGAUGAGAUUCACCUGUGAGAUGUUCCACCCCAACAUCUACCCCGAUGGCAGAGUCUGCAUUUCCAUCCUCCACGCGCCAGGCGACGACCCCAUGGGCUACGAGAGCAGCGCCGAGAGGUGGAGCCCUGUGCAGAGUGUGGAGAAGAUCCUCCUGUCGGUGGUGAGCAUGCUGGCGGAGCCCAAUGACGAAAGUGGAGCGAACGUGGAUGCCUCCAAAAUGUGGCGGGAUGACCGGGAGCAGUUCUACAAGAUCGCCAAGCAGAUCGUGCAGAAGUCUCUGGGGCUCUGAGCCCCGCCCGUGCGUGUGCGCGCGCCUGCCACCGAGCGGUCUCCAGUGUUUCUCCUCUAGGACACUUAGUGACAGUGACACUGUGUGCUGGCACCAAAAAGGCAAGCUUGCAGAACCGCAGCUCUGGUCUUCUUUGCCACCUCUCCCACCCCAAACAGGCUUCUCUUCUGAAAUUACAACUUAUGUAGAAUAAUGACCAUUGAACGCAGCUGUAGAGUGUUCCGGCAAGGUGGUCCAGGUAGAUUGGCAAGCCGUCUCCACUACCUCUCCCAGCUGUGACGCGCCUGUGCGCCUCACAGUGAAUGGCUUCCAACCCCCACCCCCCCCACCCCCCACCCCAAGGGCUGGGGAGGGUGUGCGCUGGCCUUCCCGGGACCGGAACCCAUGAUGCGCUCUCCAAAGGGCGGGGGCCUGGUGCCGAGCCAGAGGCCAGGCGGGCGCCUCUGCGGGUCCCCCCGGCCCCCUGUGCGCCCCAGGAGCGGUGUGCCGCUGCUGCAGUGUGUUCCCGCUCACCAGCAGGUGUUUUCCUUCCGCCCCGGUCCCGCCUUCGCCACUUGUUCCGCACCACAGCCUCCCACACUUAGAAAUACUUCCAGGAGAUAAAUGCUUCUCAGAUGCGGGCCGAUGAACAGUGGGCGCGUGCAGAAGCUCGCUGCCGACCCCGCAGACCAGUGGUCGUUCCGGGUCCCGCUGACCAGAGAAUACGGCCCUGUCUCAGUUACCAGUGCGGGAAAAGGGGGAGACUGGAAGGUUUAGUUACAGCUUCUUCUGGAACUGCAGGAGUUUGUCUUUCCCGUUCUCAAAGCCGGGAGUUCUAAGCUUUUGGACAUGCUUGGUCGCAGAGGAACUUGGAACUACUAGGGCAAAAUUGUGAUUUGUGACUCGGGGUCGGAAGGGAUCUACUGUUAGUGCAGCGCAGAGGCGUGGCUUACCUGCGAACUCGACCGGCACUCGGGGAAGUGUGGCGCGCGGGGCCCGGGCCCGUGGGCGCAGAUCGCGUGCUGUGGCUUGUGGUUUUGACGCGGCCGGGCUCCGAAGUGGGCGGCUCCGCAGCACGCUGCCAGGGUCCACUGUGAGUAAUAACAGCAGACUUGCUGCGUGCAGAAUCACACACCUGGCCUGUUUCAGACAGGUUACACUUAAAUAGGAAUUUCUAUUUUUGAAAUAAGGGACGGCCUCCAAGACACAGAAUAGGUUUUACUGUAAUUUCUCCUUCCCUUCCCUCUCGCCAUGCGUCUGGCGGACAGGAGUGGCUUCUGCUGUGCUGCCGCCUCACGUAGUUUCUUGGGUCAGUACAGUGGGCUCUGGCUGAAGGGCUCCGUGUUGGGCCCCGUGGAAACCAGGGUCUCUCCUUCGCAGAGGGCACGUUUUAAGGUCAGGAAUUCAGUGCAGGGCUUGCAUUUGGAAGGGGGGAAAGGAGACAUACUCACCUGAGUUGUAUGUGCAGGCCCAUUCGUAGGAGGCAGAGCCCUCUCCGCGGGGAGGAGGAGCAUGUGGGGGUGUGGUGUGUGGACGCGGCUGGAGCGUGGGCAUUGCGGCCACAUCGACAGUGGCCACGGGGGCUUCCAUGAAAUCUGGGGGGA